UCAGUGAUACUUAGCUGUCCCCCAUUGAUAGGCAAUACCUGGUAAAGACUGUUUGCCCCCGAGUACUGUAAUUCGUGACUUGAUAUUGACUGUCAAUACAUACAAUCAGACAGACAUUGAUAUAUCAAUUGCUUUGCAAAAGAAAGUCUUUGAAAACAAUCAAAAAAUCUGUUGAAAUGUCUGUUCAAUCGCUUCUUUCGGUGUCCGGCAGUCGUGUUUCUGGCCAAUCGGUUCGCACACAAAACGUGAUGGCCGCGUCGGCGAUCGCCAACGUUGUCAAGUCAUCCCUCGGACCGGUCGGUUUGGACAAAAUGCUUGUCGACGACAUCGGCGACGUGACCAUUACUAACGACGGCGCAACCAUUCUGUCUCUUCUCGAAGUCGAACAUCCGGCCGCCAAAGUUCUCGUCGAUUUGGCGCAACUUCAAGACCAAGAAGUCGGCGACGGAACCACUUCUGUCGUCUUAAUCGCCGCCGAAUUGCUUCGUUUGGCCGACGAAUUGGUCCAGAACCGCAUUCACCCGACUUCGGUGAUUGCCGGCUAUCGUUUGGCCGUAAAAGAGGCGGUGAAGUACAUCCAAGACAAUCUGGUAGUUUCGGUGGACUCUUUGGGCGUCGAAUCGGUUCUAAACUCCGCCAAAACUGCUUUGGCCUCAAAACUUAUCGGAGCAGACGCGGACUUUUUCGCCGAAAUGGUGGUCUCGGCCGCGAACGCCGUGAAAACAUCGGACGGAAAGGGCGGCCAUUCGUAUCCCGUGAAAGCGAUUCGCGUUUUGAAAGCAAGCGGUCGUUCGUCUCGAGAAUCGAUUUUAGUCAACGGAUUCGCUCUCAACUGCGUUCUCGCGACUCAAGGAAUGCCGCGAACCGUGAAGAACGCGAAGAUCGCUCUUUUGGAUUUUCCUCUUCAGAAAACCAAACUAAAAAUGGGAGUUCAGAUCCUCGUCUCUGAUCCGGAACAACUCGAAGCUAUUCGUCAACGCGAAUCCGAUCUUCUCAAAGAACGACUGCAGAAGCUGUUGACGGCCGGUGCGAAUGUGAUUCUGACGACGGGAGCCGUCGAUGAAUUGGCGCAAAAAUAUUGCGUCGAAUCGGGAGUAAUGGCAGUCAGAAGAUGUCGCAAAAUCGACUUAAAACGCAUCGCAAAGGCCACCGGUGGACAACUCCUCCUCUCUCUGGCCAACAUGGAAGGCGACGAAUCAGUGGAAGCGUCCGCUUUGGGAGAAGCCGAAGAAGUGGCGCAAGAGUGGGUUGGAGACAACGAACUCGUUCUCGUCAAACGUCCGAAGCUGGGAUCCGUUGCGUCGAUUCUUCUGCGCGGUCCAAACGACUUUUUUCUGGACGAAAUGGAGAGAUCCCUUCACGACGCUCUUUGCGCUGUAAAACGGGUUUUGGAGUCGAAACGUGUUGUUCCGGGCGGUGGAGCCGUUGAAGCUGCUCUUUCUGUAUAUUUGGAAACUUUCGCCACAACUAUCGCUUCGAGAGAACAGUUGGCAAUCGCGGCCUUCGCUCAAGCAUUACUCGUUGUUCCGAAAACUUUGGCCGUAAACGCGGCAAAAGACGCCACCGAAUUGACGGCCAAAUUGCGCGCUUAUCAUAACGCGGCUCAACAAAAACCCGAUCAAAAACACUUGCGUUUCGUUGGACUCGAUCUAUACGAAGGUCAGGUUCGGGACAAUGUCGCCGCCGGUGUUUUAGAACCUCUCGUCUCGAAAGUCAAAGCCUUGAGAUUCGCGUGCGAAGCGGCCAUUACUAUCUUACGGAUCGACGAUUUGAUUAAAUUGGAUAAACAACGCGACGAUCACCGAUACGGCGACCAAUGCGGAGACGAAUGAAUCCAACGAACGAACGAAUCGGCCGAAGAUUGGAAUCAAUUGAUUGAUUGAUUGAUUCAAAGAAUUUCCGAAACAAUUAUCGAUUUUUUUUCUUUCUAUUCAUUAAUUGUUUUUCUUUUGCAAUCAUUUAUUUAAUAAUAAAAUAAACGCUUUUUAAC